AUGUACCAGGAGCUUAGACCUAUUCGCUGCGAGACCACAUCCGCAUAUUGUCACAGUGAAGUUGGUCAAUAUGGGAAGCCCGAAAUGAUGUUACGACCAACAGUUGGGGUUGAUGCAGUCACACAGGCACAAGGUGCUUCCUUAGCAGGCAGGUCUCAGCGGGGCAUUCAAUGUCUGGAACAUCGAGAAUUCAAAGGUGACCAGGGUGUGAUCAAUGCAAAAGUGGACGAUCUGCAGCUCAAAUCUGGGUGGUCGCACAUACUUGUCGAUCUGACGCUAGACAACCUUAGAAAUCAACCAGGAUUGGCUUACACGCCAACGAAUCAUCAGUUGUAUUCUGUCCGGGAGAUGUACUACGACGCCACCAGGGCCGGAUCAGUCCCUCUCGCACAAGCCGAGAGCUCAAUCGAUGGCAUUCACGCGGAGCGUUCAGCUAGUGUCAGCGCCAUUGUUAUGCACUCUGUCCGUAUGGCUCCACAUAUCUGCCAUCAGCAUCAUGUAGUACCCUCAACGCUGAGAGAAAUUCAAAGCUCGGACUAUUAUGUUUUCAAAGGCAACGAGGGUGUGCUAAAAGAUGAAAAUGGUCGAUGCCGAAAGGUUGCGGGUUGGCGAGGGGCGUCAGGACGAGGGAAGUGA